AUGGAGAAGGUCCAAUUCCAGCUCGAGGCGACUCUCCCAGAGCUCAAGGAUCUGCACGAAAAAGGCUUGUUCUCCAAGGAUGAGAUCGACCAGAUCACCCGGCGGCGGACGCACCUUGAGACCUCCCUCAUACGGCAGGGAGUGAGGAAGGAGGACUUUUUCAAGUAUGCGGAGUAUGAGAUCAACCUCGAGAAGCUGCGGAAGGUACGGUGGAGGAGACUCGGAUACGACAAGAAUCCGCCACCACCGAGCGCUUCGCUCUUCUCCAUCCCCAGGAGAACGAUGUACAUCCUCAAGCGGGCGACCGUAAAGUUUCCGGGCGAUAUAGCCACUUGGCUGGCGUACGUCGAGUACGCCGGGCGCGAGGGUAUGCGCAAGAUCGUUACUAAAGGCUUGACGAGUGCGCUUCAGCACCAUCCCCUCUCCUCCACACUCUACCUUCUCUCCUCAUUCCACUACGUCCACCCUGGCGCGCCCUUCCCCCGCUCCGCCAUCCCCUCCGCCUCGACCCUCGACCUCCCUUCCGCAGCAGCCGACACCGAUGAGGACGAGGAUGAGACCAAGUGCGGCGUCUUUGCCCUCGAAGGUACUCAACCCGCACGUACCACCCUCCUCCUCGGACUUCGGAUGUUACCUGCCAAUCACGAUCUCUGGCGGGAAUACAUCAAGCUGGAGUUGGGCUGGGUGGAGGCACUACGACGGCGCUGGAAGGUCCUCGGGAUAUCAAAUACUGCCCAGCCUUCCGCGGUUGCUUGGGAAGAGAGUACAGGUGGCGAAGGAUCGUUUGGACCGGAAGGGGAAGAUGCUCGGAAAGCUAUUCUCGGCGGACAACUCGUUUUGCAAGCGAUACGGUCCGCUCUCGCUGCCACACCAGUCACGUUUGGAUCAUCUUCAUCAAACUCCAACGGCGGGCUCGACUUCAGAGAAGGCCUUCUCGCGACGCUUCGGACGUACCCGAGUCCGCUACGGCCAACGUGUCUCGAGGUUGUCUACGGCGAUCUGGAGAAGGUGGCUGAGUGGGGUGGGCGGGCAGGAGCGCAGGCGAGGAUGCUGCUCUUGACGAAGGGGCUGUAUGAUCGGCCGUAUGAGGCACGCCGGAAAGACGACGGAAGGGUCGUACUUGAGGGCGUGGAGCUGGUCGAGGCUAUUGGCACGAUCGGGAAGGAGAUCAGGAAGGCGGUGAAGAGCGCAGGAGCGGUGUUUGGGGAGGUGGCUGGUUUAUGGCUGGAUCAGCGGAUACAGGAGAACAAGGAGAAUCCAGAAUUGGUGAGUUGCCCAAACUGUGCAGGUCUGCACCAGCAGAACAGCAGCUGA